AUGAAGGUGUAUGCCCUAUUCUGCUUCGUAAUUUCGGCCUCGGCAGUAGUGUGUUUGGAGGUUAAGCCGGAAAUAAAGCAAUUGUGGGAUGCCGCCGUAGAACCUUUUAGGGAUGAAUGCACAAAAUCGUCCGGUGCUCAAAAAGCUGUGGUAGACGACUUUUUUGACCAUCUAAACCUGAUCGACGACUAUCCUUUGAAGUGCGUAAUAAAGUGUGUUCUAGAUCAAUUACACAUUUUCGACACGUCGAGUAAGUUCAAUGCUGUAGCUAUGAAGGAUAUGAUGGAUGAAGAGUCAUUUAAGGUGUCGCAAGAAUGUGAUAAAAAAGUGACAGAUUCAGACAAAUGUGUGAUGGCGUUUGAAUUUGUUAAAUGCGGACUUGAAGGUGUUGCAAAAUUUCAGUAA